AUUCAGAAAGAUAUGUAUAUGAUAAGUAGGCGGAGCGAGUGUGUGGUGUGAUGCGAAGUAGUGUAGUGAGGGAAGGUGCAAGGGCAGUAGUUGAGCAAGUCCAAAAGGGUGCGGACCCAUGUAAAUAGCAGUUGAAUAAAGAAUAUUAUACAUACAAUUAUUAGUCUUGUGUGACAUCAUUUAAAACCCUUACAAUUAUCAGAAGUGGGAUCGAAGGAGUUAAAUGUGUCGUUGUGUACGUCAUUAAUACAAAGGGCUUGAAUUCUCGAUAAAAUAAGUAAUAACUGCUAGUGAAUUUACAUUGUUUGUGGUUCAAUUACUCAAGAUUUAUAUCAAAAGUGUGAAAAUGAGUGAUCCAAGUGCACUCACGGUGAUGGAAUUAAAAGAGAAAUAAAAAUGAGCUUAUGAUGCGAUUGAUGGAAGCAGAUCCUGAGGGAAUAUGGAUGACUUCUAGACAGCAGAGUAAUGAAUUGGUAACAAGUGAAAUGAAUCGAAAUAUGGGAAUUAGUCGUUCAUCCUUAGAAGAACAAAGUAGAGGUACUGUGUCGGAAGAGGACGCAACAGGACGAGUUCAGGGUGAAACUGUACCAGAAAGUGAGGAAGGUAACAGGCUCAUCAGAAGGGAGCUUGAAUUGUUGAGAAGAGAACGUCAAUUCAUGGAAGACAAAAUUUCUUUGUUGGAAAGGGAACGAGAGUUAAUGCAACGAGAAUAUGCAAUAGGGAACAGGUAUGAACAGUUUGAGAUGCCAGUGGCUCCGAAAGCCAGCCUCAAGGCUAUAAGUGAGUCCUUGAAAGAUUACGAUGGUGGUGUAGAGUUUAUUGAAUGGGAAAAGCAAGUUCGUUAUUUAAAAAGAGUAUUUGCACUAGAUGAUGAUUUGCUGAAAUUAUUAAUUAGUAGCAAACUAAAAGGUAAAGCCUCAACUUGGUUCCAUUCCAAAUCAGAACAUAGGGAGUUAAGCAGUGAGGAAUUGUUAAAGACAAUGAAAGAAUUCUUUGAUCAUAGUCCAACGAAAUUACAACGAAAAAAAGAGUUUGAGAAUCGUAAAUGGCAAACUAGUGAAACGUUCGAUGAUUAUUACUAUGACAAAACAAUCUUAGCGAACAAAGUCCCAGUUGAUGAUGAAGAGGAAUUAAUUGAAUAUUUGAUUGAGGGUAUUUCAGAACGUGCACUUCGUAAUCAAGCUCGUAUGUUGCGCGUGAAGAAAAAGUCUGAAUUGCUAUUAGCCUUUAGAGGUUUAAACUUAUAUGUGGAGCCAAAGCAUAAGAAAGAUAUUCCAAAUCGAAAGUUUGAUCGUAGGGUGUCAGAAAAUAAAUCAGAAGAACAGAAAGCUAUGGAAGCUGGUACAUCAAAGAGUGAUGAUAAAGGCCAAAGACAUAUAAUCAAAUGCUACAUUUGCAAUAGAAAGGGGCAUAUGGCAAGAGAUUGCAGAAAUGGAUCAAGAGGAAAAGGAGCUUGUUUCAAUUGUAACGAGACGGGUCAUCUUAUGAGAAAUUGUCCAUUGACCAAGAAAGAAGAUAAAGGUACAAGAGUGAAGGAAGAGAAUCAACAUCAGGUCAGCAACGUAUACGAAGAGCCAGCAUCGCAUGAGGAAUGUCGUGAGAUUGUAACAAUAGAAAUUAAUGAUUGUAGUGUUAAGCGCAUACUAGAUUUAGAUACGCAAUUAGAUACUGGUAGUCCUAUUAGUUUGAUUAAAGAACGAUUUGUUGAGAAAGGUUCAAUAAAGCAUAGUCAGUCAGUGAUUCCAAAUUAUACAGGGAUAAACAACUCUCCGAUAAAUAUUUUGGGUAUUGUAAACGCUAGGGUUACUUUAUAUGAAAGAGUAGAAGAAAAUAUUCCUUUGUAUGUAGUUAGCGAAGAAACGAUAAGGGUAUCGAGCGACCUUAUGAGGCAAGAUGGGGUAUUGGGUGUGGGGUAUGAUGGGGCAUUGGGGCAUGAUGGGGUAUUGGUUAAGUUUCUUAAUCCUUAG